AUGGAGUCGUACGAAGCGAUACUCGACAAUGUUCGCACCGUUGUCGGCUGCAACGGCGUACGCACGCUCGAGGAGAUUGCACCGAUGCGCCAGUGCACCAUCGAGCGUCGUCUCACGGCAGCCCAAGAUCGGCUUUCCCCCGAUAGCCUCGCUGCCAUUUAUACCGUCUGGCUCCAUGAGCAGAUCCUCCGCAUCCAAAGCAUGCCCCCUCGUCACAUCGUCCAGCGCUGGGUGUACUUUCUAGCCCACAGAGGCUAUGGUCCCGAGUCGCUUCGGCGCCUCUGGAUGCAUGCUGCCUUUAUCGAGUUGAGGAGAUGGACCUCGGCCAUGCUCCCCGCCCAGUCUCGCGACAUCAGCGAGACGGUUGUCGCCGUCAUCAGGGACGACUACCCACCCGGGCUGUGCGGCCCAGCCAUCACCGGGCAUCUUAUGCCUCUGCCUCGCACGCCGAGCCCGCUUGCUCUCAGCUCUCGAGAAGAUUGGGCCUCGGCACGCGUUCCCACAUCUCGCCAGGUGAGUGACGUGGUCGAGACGCCCCUGACACCUUGUGACAGUGCGGGGGCCGACGAAUGUCAUGCUUCCGCACGAGCCGACAUCGAGUGCGAACUUUGCAGAGCCAGUGACCAUCAUGCUUCCCACUGUCCGCUCUGGAGGCUGACCGGCCAGGUUCCCGCGGAGGAGUCGGUGGAAUGCCGCAUCUGUCGCACCUCGGGACAGCACUCGACCGAGAAAUGCCCUGAAAAUUUGGAUCGCUACAGUCCACGUCUGUCCCUUGCGCCCAGAAUCCUCGGAGAUGGCGACCUCUCACACCUGUCUCUAGAACCGCACCCACCCUCGAGGGGUCCCUACGGAGAUGGCUACCACCCGCCACCGCGAGCCACCAUGACGCUGCCGCGGAGGUGGGAGGAUGUACCCAUGAGUGGUGUGCUGGAUUCUGCCCUCGAAUCCUCCGCCGAUGGUUCAGCAGGAAGUGGGCUCUGGCGUGCCGCCGAAAACUGCCGAGCCGGCUUCUUCCAGCAUGAUGGUGACCGCAAGACGCAUCGGAUAAACGACGACGAGAAGGAGGCCCUGCGGCAAGCCGACGAAUUCCUCGCGCAACUCUCCGAAGAGAUUGCACAGAGGGAGAUGCGUGAUGGACCUUCACUCCCGCCGCAAGUCCCCCCAACCGAGCUGGCCAUCGAGAAGGCGCCGAAGAGGCAGAAAUCCCUCGCUGGUGCCCGAAUCGACAUGCUCGAAUCAAGGCAUGCCAGUCCUGUCACCCCGAGGAGCUUUUUCGAAGCCACUGAGCCUAUCAAAGCCACUGAGCCUACCAAAGCCACCUCGGAGCCAGUCGCGCCAACGGAGGCGGCUCCGGUCGAGAUCAAGCUCGGCAAAACUACCAAAGCCGUGGCCGACGACUCGCAGUACUCUGUCGUGGUCGAGACCCUGUUCCGGAACCGGGCCAACGUCUGGGUCAACAACGUAAAAAGGCCAACGGCGCUCGAUAUGUGGGACAGGCUGCACGGGGACAAGGUCGUAGGGGAGCCGCAGAACGCCGCCGUGGACAAGACUGCGGAGGAGAUGCAGCACCGGACGCUUGUGGUGACAAGGCGGUGGGGUGAGAAAGGACAGUCAGAUGCCCGACCUCGUCAGAACGACCUGCUUGCUCGUCUCCUCGAUCUCGCCAGCCAGGAAGACCUCGUCCAGGAUGGCGUAGACUUUGUAAAAGUUGAAUACGAGAUCGAGCUCGCAGACAUUGCCGAAGAAGGCGUCGAGCACCUCGACGAAGAAGUGGAUGGCCUCGAGAAAGGCGAGCUCGUUGUCGUUGGUGUCGACGCAGGCGCAGAAGAAGAGGCCGGCGUAGCGACGGUAGACAAUCUUGUUGUUGCGGAACUCGACGAAAUUGGACUGGUACUUUUGGUCGCGGGGAGCGACGAGCCGGUGGACCUCGCCCUUGAGCUUGAUCUUUUGCUCGUCGCUGUAGGGGGCGUACCACUUGGCGAGCCGGGUCUUUCCUCUGUGCAGGCUGUUAGGAUCGGCCAUGCGUUCACGUAG